AUGAUGCUUUCUAUUUUCUCAAUCUUUGACCAACGGCUUCCCGGCAAGACGGCACCCAAAGAAGACCAAAUCUCACCUCACUCCCGCGAUGAUCACGGCAACACCCCCCUCCACCUCAUGGCGAUGAAAGGCCUCAGAGCCGCAGCAGCCCUCCAGAUCGAAAACGGCGCCGACGUCGACGCGACGAACAACGACGGCGACACCCCCCUGCACCUCGCAGCGCGGGCCCGGCGCAGAAAGGUCGCAUCCCUCCUGGUCCGGACCGGGGGCGCCCGCACCGACAUCAGCAACAGCGACGGGGACACACCCCUCCACCUGGUGGCCGCGACGGGGCAGGUCGGCAUCGCCGCGCUGCUGCUGGCGGCGGAGGACAGGGACAGUGGCGGGGUCGGGAGGAAGAAUAAUCGGGGGAAUACGCCGCUGCACGUUGCCGCGCGGGCGGUGCAGGAUCACAUGUACACGUUCCUGCUGAGCCGCGGCGGCAGGUGGGAUGUGAGGAAUGGGGAUGGGGAGACUCCGAGGAGGCUCUACGGGUUCUGA